AUGUUCAAGAUAAAGACAUUCACACCAACCUCCAUCCCUUUAGCAAAACCGGGUCUCAACUCCGUUAGAAGACUCAGAUUAAUACCGGACUGGUCUAAAUUUAAAACAAUACCACAGCCACCGGGAUAUGUUGUGGGGACAGUUAAUGACGCCUACAAACCACCAUCGCCAGAGCAUUAUGAAGGUAGUUACCAUUGGACUUAUGAGAGAGCUAUUAGUAUAACCAUGAUUCCAUUAGUCAUGACCCCAUUUGUAGCUGGUGUUGAGUUCCCAAUGAUUGAUUCGAUUUUCUCCACUUUAUUGUUGUUUCACUGUCAUGCUGGGAUGAAGUCAUGUAUAAUAGAUUAUAUACCAAAAAGAGUAUAUGGGUUUUGGUACGGUGCUGCUUGCAAAUUGUUGACAUUAGGGACAUUUGUGGCCAUGUACGGUAUCUAUGUUCUAGAAACUACAAGUAACGGUCUUUUCAAUUUAGUGUCGUCGUUGUGGGCUGCAUAA